AUGAUAUGUUAUAUCUUCAUAGGAGGACUUCCCAGAAGCGACGAAUGAUCUAGAUCUAGAUCUGACCUGUCACUGAUAUAUCAAACUCCUGCCACCGCCCACAUCCCCGACAAAAAGGGGUUUAGCACCCAGAAUGAAAGUCGUGAUCGCACCCAAACAAGGCAAGUCCUGAUGCACAUCGGUCCGCGGCUAUUGGCUCCCGGUGCAAUCCCGGGGAAAGCGGGGAAACGCGGUGCGGGCGACGGGGACCUCCUUCCGAUCCCGCGUCUCCCUAAGUCACCCUAACUCAUGUUUUAACCCACACCCAUCUCACUCCGAUCUGCCCACACACACCCCAGCCCACUCAUAUAUUUGAACUGCCCUUGCUCGCUCUAGAAGUCCCGAUCCCGAUCGGCCUUGCCGCUGCCUUCGGCCGGCCUCUACGACUCUACUCCUAGAGCACCAGAGACCAUGGUUCUGAAGGCAUGCGAUCGAUGUUACUCGAGCAAGGAGAAGUGCACAUUUACUGGCAAUGAUCAGCAGUGCACAAGAUGCCGGCGCCUCAAAAUUGUAUGCUCGACCUCGCGGCGUAACAGGCGCAUAGGGCGCCGUCCUGCCGCGAAGGCCUUUCCUCAUGGGGAGAUGCAGGUCUGGAGCGUCGAUUCAGACCAGCAGAUCGGGACACGGCCACAACAGCGCAGCCAGUCCACAUCCAGUGGAGGCUCAUCUUCACAGUCUACACUCACUCGACGGUCCAAAUCAAUAUCACCUUCUAAUGACUCGGUGGAAGAAGUAGGGACGCCUCAAAGUCGAGAUACGGUAGUCUUGGCACCGGAAAGGCUGCUGGCAUCCCCUCUCACCCUCAAAACGGCCUCCGAUGCUUUGCGCACGGUAAUGGACCCCGAGCAGUUUUCGGUUAUACAUAUGCCAUUCAUGCUGGGUCCUAGCUUCGCUCCAGAAUCGCAAAAGACUGUCUAUACCAUCUUAUGCUUAUCUGGCCCGACUCUAACGGAGGGCUACUUGGCUUUUCUGGGGAUGAUGACGCGCUAUCAAAGAUCGCUUGUCUUGCGCCAACAAGAGCCGGAUAUGGUAAAAGCUGCAAAGGGCCUGCAGCGCUUGCGGGAUGCAAAGAUUACCCAAGACUAUGAUGCGGCCUGUACGCUCUUUCUGGGUCAAACGAUGUACGUGUUCAAUGUACUUACGGCGCCCGAGUCUUCCAUGGCCCAUUCGAUUGUGCGAAGUGCUCUCAUGUCGACCAAGGCCUGGAUUCCGAGGUUAAUUCAUUUUCCGAUCAUGGACACGAUCCUCAUGACACCGCUGUUGAUCGACACGGUCGAGUGUUUAGUACGGCGAGAGGUUCCUAUCAUACGAUUGCCCAGUACGGACCGCAUCAUCGUUGAUCGAUAUGCGGGUGUUUGUGCAACUCUCCUACCUCUGCUUUAUGAUCUCUGUGUGUGUAGCCAUACCAUGAGGACCGGCGUACUUGCCGUCGGAGAAUCACCUUCUGGAAUGUAUGAGCAACUCGCCGAUAUUGAGCGAGUGAUUCUCGACUGGAAGCCGCCCAACACGCCCGAGAUUCUCCUCAAACAUGGUCAAUACGAGGUGUUGGCGAUGAUGACGCAGGCAAAUGCCUAUCGCCUGGCUGCAUUGUUGAUCAUCCAUCGUCUUCGAUAUCCUCUCGGAGUGGAAGAUGAGACUGCACGGGAUCUUGCAAAUAGCAUAUUCUCCAUAAUGACGCAUUUUGCCGAGUCGGCCGUCCAGCAAACGACAGCGUUGCCCGUGGUGUUCCCUUUGACGAUGGCAAUGAUUGAGAUUGAGGGACCGGGCGAGAAAUUGUGGGAGAAAUUGUCGCUGUUUGCCGUUCAAAGCAGGAGUGCAACACGACUCCAAGGAUUCAUCAAGCAGGUUCGAGCUUGUAGGGAGACCGGGUACGAAGGACUUUGGUUUGAUGUGGUUGAUACACAGCUCCAUGUUGCGAUGCCUCCAUAGCCCGCGUUUUGUAUGGUUAGCGACUCACAUAAGUAUGUUUUUCUUGUCAAUGAGAGGACAAGGCCCCGUUACACAGUGGCAUGCAGAAUGACGAUUCACGAUCAGUUCAUAGUCGCAAAUGUGCGCCAUUCUCGUUACCGUCGUCUCGUAUUUUGGCCAGGCUCAGAUGCCUAACCUUAGAGGAGAAUAAAUAAGUGUGCGAAGAGAGAAAUAUGGAAAAGGCAAGAGUUUCGUCACUAGACUGUAGCUAAGGCCACAGGUUCUCUUUCUGGCGCGGUAAAGGUCGGAAGGAUGGGGCAAGCAGGGAUUAUAUAGGAUUCGGGGGGCGUACAAGUCAGCUCUAUAUACUCCAUCGGACAACCCGUCCGUAAGAAACGCAAUCUGUUUGGCCACAAAAUUGGAACCGGCGGUGUUACUUGUUAAGAACAGGCAUGGCGAACAUGAGGUGUUUUUUUGACAGUACCCCACUACACAGAGAAAUUCCCCCUGGCUCGAUUAAGUUGACCAGCCAGAGCGCG